AAGAACAUCGCGGGGAGAGUCCAUCAGCUGUCCUCAGUGAACGUGUCCGUCAUGGACCCGAGCCACUCAAACGCCUGAGCUGCUGCUGAAAGGUAUGGCCACAGGCUAAGGCUUUGCCAGCAGGAUUAUGGAGACAUUGGCACAAUGACAGAGGACACAAUCAGAAGCACUCAGUUGUCCAUGAAAGUGGCAGCACUGAGAGUGGUGGACCUGCCUCUCUCUGUCUACUACUCUCUCCCACCGGUGAGUCUCAGCACUGGAACCAAAAAGCUCUUUGCCGCCACUGCCUUUGGUGCUGUUUCCCUCAUCUUCCUGGCACGCCAUUUUAGGAGGAGGAAAGGGAAGAAAAAGACCCAGUUGCCAUGGGAACCCGAGAAAUUUGAGUUUCUGACUACAGUUCCUCCAGUGAAAGAGUCUAGCACUGCCAGCGAUCGUCAGAACCUCAGUCUGUCUCUAACCUCUAAGAAUUCCUGUAACCUGCUCUCUAAUGGCAGUCUUUACAGCAAGCUCUCAGGCUCCCUGCAGAGUUUGGCCUCGGUGAAAAGCAUGAAUUCCUCAAGUUCUUGCACUUGUGCCAAUGGCUCCAGCUGCUGGGACAGGCCAGGAGAUGACAGUGACAUCUGUAAUGUGGUCAAUAUCCCUGUUACCACACCAGAGAACCUGUACCUAAUGGGUAUGGAGUUGUUUGAAGAGGCCCUGCGGCGUUGGGAGCAGGCCCUGACUUUCCGCAGCCGGCAGGCGGAGGACGAGGCCAGCUGUGCCUCGGUGAAACUAGGGGCAGGCGAUGCCAUCGCAGAGGAGAGUGUGGAGGACAUCAUCAGUGCAGAGUUCAUUCACAAACUGGAGGCUCUACUACAGAGGGCUUAUCGCCUACAGGAAGAGUUCGAAGGGGCACUGGGGUUGUCAGAGCCCUCGCAUAACUUCAGUGACAAACACACAGAUGUGUCAGGGAGGGAUGACUUGGAUGACCCCUGUCUGAGGGACUCCAUCAGCAUCGCCUCCACGGACUCCUUCGUGUCUGCCGCAGAGCUGUCAGAACAUAGGGAACUGAGGAGCGCCUACGCCUUGGGCACACUGUGCCAUUACCCUUUCUAUGAAGAAGCACUGCAGCUGGCAGAGGAGGGCAAGAUCUCCUGUAGAGUGCUACGGACUGAGAUGCUUGAAUGCCUUGGGGAUACAGACUUCCUUGCCAAGCUACACUGUGUCCGGCAGGCUUGUCAGGUCAUUUUAAGUGAAAGAGCAACCAGAAUAUUUCUGGCAGACACAGGAAAGAAGAUCUUGUCUUCUAUAAUUGUCAAAGCACGAAAGAGCCCAAAGAGAUUCGAGGAGGUCUUUGAAGAAAUGAUUUCGUUCUUAGAGCACACAGAUCAUUGGGAGAACACUGAAUUGGAACUUGCUACGAGAGGGGUCAAACAUUUAAACUUCUAUGACAUAGUUCUUGAUUUCAUCUUGAUGGACUCAUUUGAGGAUUUGGAGAAUCCACCUAUCUCCAUUCAGAAUGUGGUCAACAAUCGCUGGCUCAACAAUUCCUUCAAAGAGACAGCCGUGGCAUCCAGCUGUUGGUCUGUUCUGAAGCAGAAAAGACAACACAUGAAGGUGCAGGAUGGCUUCAUCGCUCAUUUCUACACAGUGUGUGAACACAUUAGUCCAGUUCUGGCAUGGGGUUUCCUGGGUCCUAAAAGUUCUCUGCAUGAUUUCUGUUGCUUCUUCAAGGACCAGGUGCUGUUCUUCUUAAAGGACAUCUUCGACCUGGAAAAGGUGCGUUACACCAGCGUCGAGACUUUAGCCGAAGACAUGCUUCAUCUGCUACAUCGCCGCUCCGAGCUUCUCCUCGCCUACUUGGGAGCUGACUCUCUGCGCCACCUCAACGGCUGCGUCAGCACACCACUGCAACUGGUACCCAGUACGUUGCUGGAGACCCGGGUGCAGUGAACCACAGCCCCUCUGUUCCCAGAUCAUUAAGUGGACCUAAAAAAAAAAAAAAAAGACCACUGCCUCCUCCCAUGGUUUCACUCUGUCAGCCUUGUCAAAAAGCACACCUUUAUAGCGGUUGCAUUUGUCAGGCAGUGUGACGUUUUCUUUCAUUCUCAUCACACAGGGGGUAUGUGAUUCCCACUGAGUUAUAGUGCCAUUUCAGUGCAUGGCAAUAUGGGUAAUGUCGAUAAAACUGUAACAUCUAUGUUGCUGUCAAAAUACUGUAGUGUGUGUGUGUCUUUAGGACAAAAAAGAUGACAAGGAGUGAUGUGAUGAACAUGGGUCACAGACAUGAAUAGAACUGAAUGGGGGAGGUCUUCAGUUAUGUCUCUGACUGAAUUUGAUUAUGUGAUUUUAUUUAUUUGAUAUUUUGCUAUUUAAAGUUAAGUUUCUAGCAAAACACAAAAUGGUUUAAAAUUGACAGAUGUACAAUAAACAAACACAGAGAUGGUAUUCUACUCUGAAUUACAGUUUCCAAAGCGGUUCUGAGAAAGCUCAGAGUAACUACCUCCUGAGAACCCACCAUUUCAAUUUUCGCUGUGGAAUAUGCCUUCUUAAGAAGUCACCAGACCAGAAUCACAAUACCUUACAACAGUAGGCUGAAAACUUCAGCUUAGACACGCUGGCUCAUGCACGUGGCUAAACCACUAACUGUGUGGUACUGUUUUGCUUUGUUUUUGUGGGCUGUGGUGAAUGUAAUAUUUUAAUCGUUUAAUGAUUAAGAUUGUAUAAGCCUUACUUGCGAGUACUUUGCAGCCCAAUAUAAAAAAAAAAAUGCUGGUGAGAUUCCAACCUUGUCAUUUUUUUUGAAUUCCCUACUUGUCUUAGAACCUACUUGACACUGGAUAUGAAAUAACUGAACAGUGAAUUGUUUGUGGAGUAGAAGCCAAUGACUUGAUCUGUCAAUGCCUCAGACUGAAUCUUCUAACUGCAGAAAGUUCAUUUGUCGUCUGUGACCGAACUGUGUACGGCCAGAGUAUUCAUACUAUUUUUGUAUAUGUUGUGUGAAUGUCAUCAUAGACUAUAUUCAAAGCUAAGCUGUGCUUCCACUGUGUGCGUUCUCUAACGCACAGUACAAUAAAAUAAAGGGACAUC